GAAAAACACAAAAUACUUAGACCAGGGCGUGACAACAGGCAAAAAACAGACUCAGAAAACGUGAUUCGUGACACUUAAAAGUGAUUCAGAGACAGAAUGCCAGAUUCAGUGACAGAGCACAGAGAAAUACUACUGUUCUUCUUGAUUAUUUAAAUCUGGACAUUCUCUGACCUCUGGAUGAAGGACAACAGCCGCUUGUUGAUUAACAAACACGAAACCACUUGGGGAAAAAGAGAACAGGAAAAUUGACAGAAUGCUCCUCAAGCCUCAGGUGGAGAGACGUCGGAGAGAGAGAAUGAACCACAGUCUGGAGAGCCUGAGAACCCUGCUGCUGCAGGGACCACUACAACACGGUGUGACUCAGCAUAGAGUGGAGAAAGCUGAGAUCCUGGAACACACUGUUCUCUUUCUCCAGAACACUGGAGAUGGGGACAGGAAGAAAGGUGAAGAUGGAGAAAAGCAACAUCCCUUCCAGGAUGGCUUCUCAGGCUGCCUGAAAAGAGCUGCACACUUCCUGGGGCAGGAAGAGGAGGGCCUGCAGCUGGAGGCAGCACUGAACUCUAGUUUCUAUGCUCGGCUGAACAGCCAUGCCUGCAUGAACACCGAAGUUCCGGCUAAAGCCCACUCUUCCAUCUCUCUGCCAAAUACAAUGUGCCACCAGUCCUCACACCUGAUGAAGAUACAGGAGUCCCACUACAGACAACAGCUUUGUGGAGUCUACAGGAGACAUCUGUCUCAUGCUCACAGAGCUCCACUCCAACAUGGAAAUCCCCAGCUGCCCCACAGACAUGCUGACAAAGAAGCCCAAUCCCAGAACCUCCCAGGCAGCCAGUCUGUGUGGAGGCCUUGGCCCUGAUCUAGCAGAGGAGCCUGAAUUGGGAUAUUGAACUGUAAAACAACUCUAAUAUCCUAUGAACUGAUAACCAGGAUGCCACAUCCUUUUCUGCUGAGGUUGCUAUGUUGUUAUUAAUUUAUGCAGUGUUGUGAACACCUGACUCAGAGACUCCAUAGAUUUGCAGUGAUAUGACAAUGUUGUACUGCAAAGAAAAUAUCAAUUCGAAAUAUUGUACAAUUUCUCUAUACUUUAGUAUUACAACAUGUACUAAGUUGAAGUACUCUGAUAUCUUGUCUAUUUUUGCACAUUAAUUUAUUCUGUGACUUGUUCCUUUGUUUUUCCAGAUAUAUAGGCCUGUAUGUUGAAA